AUGUUCUGCGCGAAGCUGAAGGAGCUGAAGAUCUCCGGAGAGUGUCCGUUCUCCAGCGGCGCCAGGAGGACCGAGCUGGGAGACUUUGAGGAGCGCGCAGGUGACGCCGAGGAUCUAUCGCCUAUUUCUAAGGACGUGCACGGGAAAAUUGGCGAGGACGUGCCGCGACACAAGCCGACCAGAGGCAAAGUUAACCUGCACACACUUGGGGAGAGCAUCCGAAAGCUGGCAUGUCCUGAGUUUCACAGACUGCACGCUGCCCUCCAUCGAAUGAUGAGACUCAACAGGGACUCUGAAAGAUUUCGUACAAAUUUCCCCUGUCGCUCUCACUACCAGACAGAGAGUAAUGACGACACAACAACAAGGUCAAUCCCCCUGGACGUGUUGAAAGUCUCUCUUGGCGUGGAGCUCUUCAACAUGUGUUACGAGGAGGACGGACACAUUCUGCGGGUUGUGGGGGGAGCUCUCCACGACUUCCUCAACAGCUUCAGUGUCUUGAUGAAACAGAGCAGCACGCCGCCCAACCCGGACAGAGAGGAUUGUGUAAACGAACCUUCAGUCCUGUGCUUAGACAAGGAUCCGGGUCUGCUUACUGUCUAUUUCUUCAACCCCCACCCAACCACUCAGCUUUUUUUCCCUGGAGUCAUCAAAGCUGCUGCUCGCUUGCUGUAUCACACCACGGUGGAUGUGUUGAUGGACCCCCCCAGUGCCAAAGACAGCAUCUUGCAGGCCAGCCCGCAGCCCAGUCUUCUGUACACAGUUGUCGUUAAGGAUGCUAAAACUCUGAGCCCCAGUCCGCUGAGGGCUACCUCAGCUGGGACCCUUCCUACCACUCUGUUCUCCACCAUUUUCCCCUUCCAUCUGAUCCUGGACCAGGACUUGGUUCUGGUUCAAGUAGGACAUGGCCUCAGGAAGAGACUGAGCCGGAAGGAUGGACCGAGGCGGUCCACUACCUUCCAAGAACACUUCUCUAUCGUCUGCCCGCAGAUCAAAUGUACCUUUCAGGGCAUCCUGACCAUGCUGAACACCCAGUUUAUCAUUCGGAUCAAGCAUGGAAACACAGAUAACACAGGGAAGGAUUCCACACGACUCAUGGAUCUUAAAGGUCAGAUGAUCUUCGUGUCAGAGUCCAAUGCCAUCUUGUUCCUGGGCUCCCCGUGUGUGGACAAGCUGGAGGAGCUGACCGGCCGCGGCCUCUACCUGUCAGACAUCCCCAUCCAUAACGCGCUGCGUGACGUAGUCCUGGUUGGUGAACAGGCCAAAGCCCAGGACGGUUUGAAAAAGCGUCUGGGGAAGGCGAAGGCAGCCUUGGAGCAUGCUCACCAAGCCCUGGAGGAGGAGAAGAAGAAGACAGUGGACCUCCUCUUCUCCAUUUUUCCUGGCACGGUGGCGCAGCAGCUGUGGCAGGGGCAAACGGUCCAGGCCAAGAAGUUCGACAGGGUUACGAUGCUCUUCUCUGACAUUGUGGGCUUCACAGCCGUCUGCUCGCGCUGUACCCCGAUGCAAGUGAUCACCAUGCUCAAUGAGCUGUACACCAGGUUCGACCACCAUUGUGGGGAGCUUGAUGUUUAUAAGGUGGAAACCAUUGGUGAUGCGUAUUGUGUCGCCGGGGGCUUACACAAGGAGAGUGAGAUGCACGCCGUCCAAAUUGCACUCAUGGCCUUAAAGAUGAUGGAGCUCUCAGAUGAAGUCAGGACGCCGACUGGAGACCCAAUACAGAUGCGUAUUGGCCUUCACACUGGCUCAGUUCUGGCUGGUGUAGUUGGGGUGAUGAUGCCGCGCUACUGCCUUUUUGGGAACAACGUUACUUUGGCCAACAAGUUUGAAUCAGGCAGCCAACCCAGAAAAAUCAAUAUCAGCCCUACAACCCACAGGUGA